CGCUAUAAAGUCUAAUGGCCAUAGCAGUCACAUAUUGUAAAAUAAUAAAAAAAAAAAUUAAAUAUAAAUAUCGACUUGACUUAUAAUAUAUACUUCAAACUUUUUUUUAUGGCCUAUUCGAGGCCGUUUAGAGCCAUCGCUGCUUCCAAUAUGCCUCUCCACGCCUCUCUAUCCAUCGCUAAUCUUUCUCUAUCUCUGAUUCAUAAGAGUUUCAGAUCUUCUUUUAUUCGGUCGCUCCACCGCUGUCUUGGUCGUCUUCUUGAUCUUGUUCAAUCUGGCUUCCACAUUGUAACGUUUUUUAUUAUACUACCUUCCGCUCACUAUAUAUGUCCUGCCCAGCUAAGUCUUCGACUCUUUAGAACACCUACUAUAUCAGUUUCAUUAAACAAUUCUCUUAGUUCUACUUUUGUCCUUCGUUCGUAUUCGUUGUUUUCAGUAUUCUUUUUAGGACCGAUGCACAGACGCGUAUUUAAGGAAAAACAUGGUCAAAACCGAAAGAAAUAAAAAUAACUGAAUAAGAUAACUAUUGACGGUAAUUUAAAGAUUACAUAUCAGAGUACAAAGUUCAGUUAGAUAAACAAUCUUAGUGAUGACAAAUCGAAUAGUAGAUACCCAAUCUAUUUGUUCACCACAACUCACAAGUGAAUACUAUAAAUAGUGUUUUAUAGUUUUGCCUUAAUAUAAUUUUGUUUUACACUUCAUAUUUAAGUAGUUUAUUACAUUAAAAAUAAACGUUAUUUGUUAGUUAUAAAAGAUGGAAUCUAUCCCUGGAGGAUCUCGAUGUAAUGAUAUUGUUCUUAGUAGAAGAGACUUGUAUACAAUUUUAAAAGAAGGUUCAACAAAAUCGAAACAUCCACAUGGAAAUUAUGAACACUUAACAAAAUAUAUACUAGAAAUUACUAAAUAUCCAAAUGAAUUACCGAAGGAUAUAAAAAAGGUUUAAUCUUAUUUUAUUUCCCAGUUUAAUACCAAAUGGUCUGCAUCAUCUCGAAACGUAGAUUAUUUUUUAAAAAAAAAUUUUGGUUGGUUGGAAACUAAAAUAAGUUUUCCUAUGUACAAAGCUUCUUCAUUUUCUUCAAAUGAUAUGAAAGUUAAGGGUGGAAGACCAAAAGUGGAUUUCUCUAAGAGUAGUGAACGUACAAAACGUAGAAAAACUCAAUUAUUAAGGUCCGAGGUAGGUUCUUUAGAAUUAUCUUAUGCGGCUCAGAUGAGUCUCCGUGCAAGUGGCCAGUUAGAUGCUGCUAAUGUGAUAAAAGAUGUGACAUUAACAACACCUAAACGAGCAGAAAAAUAUAGAAAGGCUUAUAAAGAAACGUCAAAAUCAGUUAUGCCACAGAAGUAAUUACUAUUGAAACCAAGAACAAAGAAAAUCAAAUAAAAUCAUUGAUUCCUUCUUCUUUUAUUUUUAAUGAUCGUGAAGUGGUAGUAAAUUAUCAAUUAUUAUUUACAAUGGUCGACGGAAAAGUAUGCAAUGCAGUGUGUGAUAAUAAAUCCACGUUAAAAUGUUACAUUUGUGGUGCAACAUCUAAGGAUUUUAAUGACAUUAAUAAUAUAACUCGUAUAAGAAUCGACGAAUCGAACAUAAAGUUAAAUUUUGGGCUAUCUAUAUUACAUGCCUGGAUACGAUUUUUUGAAUGUUUGCUUCAUUUAGCUUACAAAUUAAAUGUAAAAAAAUGGCGAGUAUUAGAUAGCAAAAGUAAGGAAGUUAUUAAAACUAAUAAAAUUAGAAUUCAACAAGAAUUUAAAUCACAAUUAGGACUAAUAGUAGAUAAACCAAAACCUGGGUUCGGUUCCUCAAAUGAUGGAAAUACGGCACGCAGUUUUUUUGAAAAUUCUUUCAUAUCAUCUUCUAUAACUAGAAUAGAUGAAGGUAUAAUAAAACAAUUUCAAGUUGUACUUUUAGUCAUAUCAAGUGGUUAUAAUAUAAAUGUGGAUAAAUUCAAAAUUUUUACUCUUGAUACGGCAAAAAACUUUGUCAAUAAAUAUCCAUGGUAUCCAAUGUCUACAGCUGUACAUAAAAUUUUAAUUCAUAGUUCAGAAGUUAUAUCGUCUUGUAUCUUGCCUAUUGGUCAAUUGUCCGAGGAAGCGCAAGAGGCACGUAAUAAGAAUUUUAGAAAAUAUCGUGAGGACUUUUCACGUAAAAUGUCAAGAAAAGUUACAAUGGAAGACGUUUUCAAUCGUCUUCUUGUAUCAUCAGAUCCAUAUAUAUCUAGUAUGAGAAACCUGCCAAAAAAAGAACUGAAAACUUAUUCUAAAGAAGUUUUAGACUUGUUACAACCUCCUGAUUAUAAUUUAGACACCGAAAAAAAUAUUAACGAUUCCAGUUCAGAUUCUGAAUAUAAUUCCAGUACAGAUAGUAGCGACUAGCGAAUGGAAGUUUAUUUUUUAAAAAAUGUUU